UAACACUUCUCUCACUCCCUCUCUCAACCUUUAUGGUAACACCUAAUCUGAUCGAACCAAACCGAACCGAACCAAAUCGGUUUCUCGUAUCGGCUUCUUCUUUUUGCUACUAGCUCUCCUCUCUUCUCCGAAAAUGGCGUCACAAAACAAAGAAGAAGAGAAAAAGAAAGUGAAGAAGUUGCAAAAGAGUUACUUCGAUGUUCUCGGAAUCUGUUGUACAUCGGAAGUUCCUAUCAUCGAGAAUAUUCUCAAGUCACUUGACGGCGUUAAAGAAUAUUCCGUCAUCGUUCCCUCGAGAACCGUGAUCGUUGUUCACGACAGUCUCAUCAUCUCUCCCUUCCAAAUUGCUAAGGCACUAAACCAAGCUAGGUUAGAAGCAAAUGUGAAAGUAAACGGAGAAACGAACUUCAAGAACAAAUGGCCGAGCCCUUUUGCGGCGAUUUCCGGCAUACUUCUCCUACUCUCCUUCUUAAAGUUUGUCUACUCGCCUUUACGUUGGCUCGCAGUCGCAGCAGUUGCCGCCGGUAUUUAUCCGAUACUUGCCAAAGCCUUUGCUUCCAUUAGAAGGCUUAGGAUCGACAUCAACAUAUUGGUCAUCAUAACCGUGAUAGCAACACUUGCAAUGCAAGACUUCAUGGAGGCUGCAGCAGUUGUGUUCUUGUUCACCAUAUCCGACUGGCUCGAAACAAGAGCUAGCUACAAGGCAACCGCAGUAAUGCAGUCUCUGAUGAACUUAGCUCCACAAAAGGCUAUAAUAGCAGAGACUGGUGAAGAAGUUGAGGUAGAUGAGGUUAAGGUUAGCACAGUUGUAGCAGUUAAGGCUGGUGAAACCAUACCAAUUGAUGGAAUUGUGGUUGAUGGAAACUGUGAAGUAGACGAGAAAACGUUAACGGGUGAAGCAUUUCCUGUCCCUAAACAAAGAGAUUCUACGGUUUGGGCUGGAACCAUCAAUCUUAAUGGUUACAUAAGUGUGAAAACAACUUCUUUAGCGGGUGAUUGCGUGGUUGCGAAGAUGGCUAAGCUAGUAGAAGAAGCUCAGAGCAGUAAAACCAAAUCUCAAAGACUAAUAGACAAAUGUUCUCAGUACUAUACUCCAACAAUCAUCGUAGUAUCAGCUGGCUUUGCGGUUAUCCCGCUUAUAAUGAAGGUUCACAACCUCAACCAUUGGUUUCACUUAGCACUAGUUGUGUUAGUCAGUGCUUGUCCUUGUGGGCUUAUCCUCUCUACACCAGUUGCUACUUUCUGUGCACUUACUAAAGCGGCUACUUCAGGACUUCUGAUCAAAAGUGCUGAUUAUCUUGACACUCUCGCAAAGAUUAAGAUCGCUGCUUUCGACAAAACCGGGACUAUUACAAGAGGAGAGUUCAUUGUCAUAGAUUUCAAGUCACUCUCUAGAGAUAUAACCCUUCGUAGCUUGCUUUACUGGGUAUCAAGUGUUGAAAGCAAAUCAAGUCAUCCAAUGGCUGCAACAAUCGUGGACUACGCGAAAUCCGUUUCUGUUGAGCCUAGGCCUGAAGAGGUUGAGGACUACCAGAAUUUUCCAGGUGAAGGAAUCUACGGGAAGAUUGAUGGGAACGAUAUCUACAUCGGGAACAAAAGGAUUGGUUCUCGAGCUGGUUGUUCGACAGUUCCAGAGAUUGAAGUUGAUACCAAAGGUGGAAAGACUGUUGGAUACGUCUAUGUAGGUGAAAGACUAGCUGGAGUUUUCAAUCUUUCUGAUGCUUGUAGAUCCGGUGUAUCUCAAGCAAUGACGGAACUGAAAUCUCUAGGAAUCAAAACCGCAAUGCUAACGGGAGAUAGUCAAGCCGCGGCAAUUCAUGCUCAAGAACAACUAGGGAAUGUUUUGGAUGUUGUACAUGGAGAACUUCUUCCAGAAGAUAAAUCUAAUAUCAUACAAGAGUUCAAGAAAGAAGGACCAACCGCAAUGGUAGGGGACGGUGUGAAUGAUGCACCAGCGUUAGCUACAGCUGAUAUUGGUAUCUCCAUGGGGAUUUCUGGCUCUGCUCUUGCAACACAGACUGGUCAUAUUAUUCUGAUGUCUAAUGACAUAAGAAGGAUACCACAAGCGGUGAAGCUAGCGAGAAGAUCUCGGCGCAAAGUUGUUGAAAACGUGUUUCUUUCCAUCAUUUUAAAAGCAGGAAUACUGGCUUUGGCAUUUGCUGGUCAUCCUUUGAUUUGGGCAGCGGUUCUUGUUGAUGUAGGGACUUGUUUGCUUGUGAUUCUCAAUAGUAUGUUGCUGCUGCGAGAGAAGAAAAAGAUUGGGAACAAAAAGUGUUACAGGGCUUCUACAUCUAUGUUGAAUGGUAGGAAACUCGAAGGCGGUGAUGAUGAUGUUGUGGACUUAGAAGCAGGCUUGUUAACAAAGAGCGGGAAUGGUCAAUGUAACUCAAGCUGUUGUGGAGAUAAGAAAAAUCAAGAGAAGGUUGUGAUGAUGAAACCAAGUAGUAAAACCAGUUAUGAUCAUUCUCACCCUGGUUGUUGUGGCGAUAAGAAGCAAGACAAAGUGAAGCCGCUUGUGAGAGAUGGCUGUUGCGGUGAGGAGACUAGGAAACCAGAGGGAGAUAUGGUUUCAUUGAGCUCAUGUAAGAAGUCUAGUCAUGUCAAACAUGACCUGAAGAUGAAAGGUGUUUCAGAUUGUUGUGCUAGCAAAAAUGAGAAGGUGAAGGAAGUAGUGGCAAAGAGCUGUUGUGAGAAACCAAAACAGCAAAUGGAGAGUGCUGGAGACUGCAAAUCUGGCCAUUGCGAGGAGAAGAAGCAUGCUGAGGAAAUUGUUGUUCCGGUGCAGAUUAUUGGUCAGGCAUUAACUGGGUUGGAAAUAGAGUUAAAGAGAAAGGAACCCUGCAAAACAAGCUGUUGCGACAAUAAAGAGAAGAAGGUUAAGGAAAUAGGUUUGUUGCUUUCUAGUGAGGACAAAUCUUACCCGGAGAAAGGAGUGCUGAUUAAAGAUGAAGGAAACUGCAAGUCUGGCUGCGAGAACAAGGAGACGGUGACACAAAGGUGCCAUGAGAAGGCAGGUUUGGGCAUGGAAACUGGUGUAAGUUGUGAUCUCAAGUUGGUUUGUUGUGGGAAGACAGAAGGGGAAGUUGGAGAACAAACUGAUCUGGAGAUAAAUAUUGAAGGACACUACGAGUCUAGUUGUUGCAGCGAUGAAAAAAAAACCGGGGAAAUAACUCUUGCUUCUGAGGAAGAGACAGACGAUCAAGAUUGCUCCUCGGGAUGUUGUGUGAAUGAGGGGACAGUGAAACAAAGCUUCCAUGAGAAGAAGCAUGCUGUGUUGGUGGAGACUGGUGUAUGUUGUGAUGAUCUCAAGUUGGUUUGUUGUGGAAACACAGAAGGGGAAGUGGAGGAGCAAUGUGAUCUGGAGAUAAAGGAUGAAGGACAUUGCAAGUCUGGUUGCUGCAACGAUGAAAAGCAAACAGCGGAAAUCACUCUGGCUUCGGAGGAAGAGACAGACAGCACGGAUUGUUCCUCGGGAUGUUGUAUGGACAAAGAAGAAGUGACACAAAUCUGUAGUGAGAAGCCUGUUAGCUUGGUGGUUUCAGGCUUGGAAACUGAAGGUGGUGGUGAUUGCAAAUCACAUUGUUGUGGAACUGGUUUGAAGCAAGAAGGGUCUUCAAAGUUGGUCAAUGUGGAGAGUUCUCAAUCCGGAGGCUGUGGAACAGUGAAAGUCUCUAGCCAAAGCUGUUGCACAAGUCCUAUUGAUCUGGUGUUAUCUGACUUGCAAGUGAAGAAAGAUGAGCAUUGUGAGAGCUCAAACAGAGCCGUGAAGGUAGAGACCUGUUGCAAAGUGAAGAUUCCAGAGGCUUGCGCAUCAAAAUGUAGGGAAAGAGAGAAGCGUCACAGUGUGACUGGAGGAGUAGAGAAAGUAGGACAUGAUCUAAUGGAUCUGUGAAAGGGUAGGAGCAAAUGAUGUUAAGAUAAUAUGAUUUCUCAUCGAUGAGAUAAAAGAACAAUGAUCACACCGAAAAAAAGCUUUUAUAAUAAAGCAGAUGAAAAUGC